AUGGUCAUCUCGACGGCGGAGCGACAGGUGUUCGACUUCUUGGGCUACAUGUGGCUCCCCAUCAUCGCCAACUUCUUCAACUUCAUCUUCGUGAUAUUCGGUUUCUUUGGCGCUUACCAGUACAAAACAAAAUACAUAGUCAUAUACCUGGUAUGGCAGCUGGUAUGGAUGGGAUGGAACGUGUUUGUCAUAUGCUUCUACCUGAACGUGGGUAUUCUCGAUAACAGCAAAGAUUGGCUCAACUUUGGAACUGGGAGUGCAUCAUGGUGGGAGGUUAAUGGCAUUGGAUGUCAGGCAGUAUAUACAACCAACUUAACAAACCUAGACCCGCUGCGGCCAAUGAGGCCCUUGGAGGUGAAUAAUUGCCUAGUCGAUUACAUCUACGUGGAAACUAUUCAUGCUGGUAUCCAGGGUGCUUUUGUGACAUUGGGGUUGUGUGUGUCCAUUUACCUUAUAAUGGUCUUCUCAGAAGAGGAUGACAGCUGCAAAGCUAAGAGCAGACCCACAUCUAUCUACUCUGUUGAAUACAGCCCUCAGCGUGAAGGAAGUGAGUCACCUGACAUGGGCCUUGAUGACAGCCCUUACCAACAGCCUAUGACACCACGGCGAGUCAAGCGACAAAGUCGCCAUCGAGCUUCAGGUCGUUCACAAACUCGUAGUACUCAGGGACGAUCAUCGCAGCGAUCCAGGAGACAUCAGUACCUCAAUCCUGUCAACAGGCUCAUGGAUAAAGCAAAUGAGUCCUCCACUAGUACAGACUCAUACCAUCCUAACAAUGGCACUCGUCCACCUACUGGGGGACGACAAGGACAUUCUAAUCCCAUGUACGUUCACUCCAGACCAAAUUCCACUUACUCAAUGAACAGUUCCCCCCCUGGGCAUGACCCUAUGGAGCGACCUCCCUCAGUUCAUUCCUCCUAUUCUAACUAUCAUGGACAACGGCCCUCAAUUAACCCUAAUCCAUAUGGCCGACCACCCGUCCAGGCCAUAACUGCUGGCAUGAUGGGUGGGACUCAUCAGCGACGGUCAAUGAUGCAUGCCAAUGGCCACACGAACCAUCAUAUUCCUCCAGGGCCAACAAGUACACUAGGAUCCAUUCGUAGUUCCAAUUACAGUAACAAUGGAACAAUGAAAGCUGAACGGGAGAGACCACCACCGUAUAUGUUUGGUGUAAAUUCUGAAACAGUUAUAUGACAAGAAUAUGAAGGACAGCAGUGAAUUAUGUUAGCUGUUUUUUUUACACAAUUUUCUCAAGCAUUGGCUAUCGAGGUUGUGUCUGUGGUCCAGGUUCUGAGGCAAAACUUUAGCAGUAUUGAAAGGUUUGUAGCUCACUAUUUACCUGUUAUGUCUAAACAUUGCAUUUUUAAGUGGUUGCCGUCACUACUAUUGUCAGGUGGCGAGUCAUGAACUUGGGCUGUGCUGUGAUCUUCCAAAGAUAUCGUGUAUUGUGAAUACAAUCUUGUAUUUUUGUUUUGCAUUUGCUCACAUGCAUACCUUACAAAUUUUCUAUUACCAAUGCCUCUUGCACAAGUAUAUUUUUAACUUCUGCCUUCAUAAAAGAUAACCAAAUGUCUUUAAUAACUUUGAAAACAGCUUGGUUAAUAUCAGUAGGUUGUACAGUAAAACCUUGUUAAGGCGGACUAAUUGAGGGGAAAGGGUGUCUGGGAUAAGAGGUUGUCCACUUUAGAGCACAUUUUUCAUAAAAUUACCUUUAUUUUAAACAAAAACGAGUACAAUACCAAAAUAUCGAUCUUUAUGAAAAAAAAAAAUAAAUAAAUAAAAAAUAUUUAAAAAAGUAAGGUACACAAAGUACUGUACACUUACCCCCAAAAAUGGAACGCAGAUCUAGCUGGACGUGCCUCUAACUGCAAGCUCUGAGUGAGUCAGAAAUGGCUGACAAGCUUAAAAGUGAGAGUUUUGUGGUGCUGAGAAGAAAGAGAGACACCCAAUUUAGAUUUUCUAUGUAUUAUUUAAGCAUUUUUGACUUACGACCACUUCAACUUACGACCUGGAUUUGUGUCCCUAACCCCGUCGUAAGUCGGGGAGCAGCUAUACCUGUAAAAGCGAGAGGGAAGCAACAUUGCAGCGAAGAGAAAGGGAAGAAAGAUUGUUAACUCAAGGAGGAGAGUUAAUAAGACGAAAUGCCUUAAUUGAUCGUAAUAGGCUCCAAUUUUUUAAUUUUUAAUUUGAUGACUAAAUUCUAUAAGGGUGUCCAGGCAGUCCCUAGCUUCUGGCAGCUUUAUUUUUAGUAGUUCAUUUUCCUUCUCUUCAUCAUCAUCAUCAAAGUCAUCUGCAGCCUCAUGUACAGAGUCCACAAUCUCCUCCUCUAUCCAGGAUCAUCUUCAUCAGCCUCCAGCCAAGUCUCCUCAUCCUCAACUGUAGCAUCCUUCUCUCCUGCUUGGAGAAGAAUUCUGUGGGAGUCUUUUGAUGUGAAGCCCUCAAAAUCAUGCUCCUCAUCAAUGUCAUAAAGGAGCUUCUUCCAGGCAUUGAUGAGGGUUGUUGCCUUGACAUCUUUGGGAAAAGCAGCAAAAUUAGAGAGCUGGACCUGAAGUUAAAUAACUUCAUGUUUCUGAGGGUCCUCUGCCCUCUUGUGUCCUCCACCUGAUCCUCGCUUGUCUCUUUCACCACCAUCACUCCAUGCAAAAAAUUAUGUUUGUACAGCCUUUUCACAGCAUAAGUAACACCUUGAUCCAUUAGCUGUAUGACAAAGGUGGUGUUGGGUGGCAAUGCCUGGCACCUGAUUCUUCCAUCCCUGCUGUACAGUUUUUUAAUGUUGAGAUGUAAGGGAGUAUUAUCUAAGAGGAUGACAGCCUCACUUCAUCAGCAGGGAUUUUCAGAUCUUCCACCUGCUCAUGCCUGAAUGUUUGAAAAAACAUUUUGAGGUUAUGGCUCCUGUAAACCAUGCAUUCUUGGAGUUAUAGUAGUGGACAGGAAUCCUGUUCAUAAUGUCCUUGAUUGCACGAGGUUUCUUGCUUUUUCCUACAACCACAGGUGUAAGCAUAUGGUUCCCUAUCAGCAUUUGCACGCAGCAAUGCAGUCACUCAUUCCUUGGAAAGUUUCCUACCAGGCACACUUUUUUCACUUCUGGAGGCUUGUGUAUUUUCUGGUAAAGCUCUCCAAUAGAGUCCAGUUUCAUCUGCAUUGUACAGUUGCCAUAAUCGAACGUUUUAGGCCUCCAUUAAGUCCUUCAACUUUUUCCUAAAUGGCUCCACAGCAUCAAUAUCAGCGCUAAGCCCCUCACCACAUAUUUUCUUUACACAAUAUUGUGGUGCUUUCGAAAUCUAAAUAACCAACCAGCACUAGCAUGAAAAUCCUUUGCAUUCAUAUAUUUUGCUAACCUUUCAGCAGCUGCCUGGAUUUUCACACCUCUGGCUGCUAUUCCUCUUGCACAUUGCUGUGCGUACCAUUUAUGCACUGCCUCAUCCAAGUCCUCAUUCUCUUACUGCCAGAUUUUACUUUGUCCACAUUAAAUUUCAAGGCAUAUUUGUUUAACUUAUUUUUCGAUUUUCGUAUAUCCGACACUGACUACUUUGAAAUUCCGUAUUCAAUGCAUAUUUGCGAGGGAGUAGUAUCUUUUUCUAGCUUUUCAAUCACCUUUAACUUUUCGUUCACUGAUGCUUUUAGCUUAACCUUCUUACCUCCCUUACUUUCUUAGGGGCCAUGGUUAUUGUCUUAAUUGUUUAAUAAUAUGAAAAAAUAUGUCAGCCUACAACAUAAUCACAUGACUGGCAAUGUAAAAUAAAUUUCAAAAUCAAGUUCAGCACGUCUAAAUGACAAUAAAACACAAUCAACAGAGUGAGAUAGAAGUGAUGCUAUCACGGGCGACGGUAAUUUAUGGCUGAGCGUGUUAUGGGUGUCCCUUUGUUUACCAGUGUGGGUGGCGUGAGUGGAUCACGAGGUCGUUCGCCUUGCUCCCUUGAAAUUUUGGCUGAUGGUGGACGUGUCAUUUUACGACAAAUGAUGCCCUACUUUAUUUAUUUAUUUGAAUUAUUUUGGGGCAAAUACUGUAAUUUUAUCCGGCUUAAUUGGGGUCCGCCUUAGAGAGGUUUUACUGUACUUGUUAUUUUCAUUUAAGUGUGCAUCAGCCACUGCCAUUAUGUCACUGCCUGUUAUAUACAAGACAAAGAGGUGUGUUAUAGUCCAAUGUACAUAUUAUUUAUCAGAUAUUAUUGUUUUUACAAGCUUGACUGAUUAAACAAGCCAAAACAUUAGCUAAUACAGUACUGUAGUGGAUUAGUGUCUUUUAAUGUAGAUAUAGUCUCUUGCCACAAGUUAGUCUUAUUGUUACUUUAAUGAAAUAUUUUGCAUUGUUGAAAAGGUUGGCACAAAUAUAUUGAGAAAAUUGUGAAGUAGAUGAGGAACUGUUAGUGCAUAAUGAAUUUUAUAUGCAUACAUUUAAUACUUUAGUUAAUCCUAUUUUGCUGUCUGUGGUAAGGCUUCAAUGAUCUGUCAAUGUUGAAUCCAUGCCAAGGGGAGGUUAUCAAAGAAUACCAGCAAGACUUAUUAGUACUUUAACUCUCAACCAAAAAGUCAGACAGAUGCACUAGUGAUGCUCUGUGUGUGAGUGAGACAAGUUUUGUUUCUCUUCAGUGAUUUUUACAUAGACUCAGUGGAUUGAUUUCAGUUUUGGUGUAAAAGUGACAUAUGUCAGGUUAUUACUUGUGAAUACUGGUUGUGUUUCUAACCCAAAAUUAAUUUAAGAGGGACUGUAUGGCCUUUUUUUUUGAGGGGGGGAUAUGCUAAUUGUAAUGGCUUUUGGUAAUAUUAACAGUAGCUAUACAGUAUCAUCAUAAAUCUUCUUAUCGUCCAUGCUGAAAUGUAAAGGCACACAAGAGCAGGAUUUUGUCUUUUUCUCUCAUUUAAGUUAAGUGUCUACAUUUAUAAUUUAUCAGUUUUAACUUUCAGCGGUAUUGAAGACUCAUUCUUAAAGUUCUCUACAAACCCGAGUUAUUAACUUUAGGCAGAUUAGGAAUGUGCCUGUUUAAUCCUCUGUAAUGGCACUUUCAAAGUACAGGUACUUGUGAAAUGGGUUACUCACAGAUGCCAUCAACAGACAAAAAAUGAGAUGAAACAUUCAUAUGUACUAAUGCCUGUGUUGUAGUUUGAUUAACAAGACAUAUACUGUACUGUAAUUGUUGAACUGGUGGUGAUAUUUAUGAAACUGAUCAAGAUAUAGCAGCACUUGCACUAAUCCCCCCCCCCCCUUUUACUACAAACUAUAGCUGUGGUACUAAAACAUUUUUAAGGUGUGUUAUGAAUACAGUAUAACAUGUUCUAAGUAUGUGGUAAAGGUGGAGUUAAUGUUUGGAUUGAUUUCGUUUAUUUUGAAUAUUUGAUCCCUGCUAUGAGUUAUAUCUUAAAUUGAUGAUGUACUGUAUGUACUUUGGCCAUGGUUUUAAACCUAUAGAAUAACCAUACAUGUAUUCUUAACAUUCUUGAUCAGAAUGUUUACUUGUAUAUCAGGCAGACACAUGUGACAUCACAUAUCCAUGUGACUUUUGUGUACAUCAUGACUGGCAGUCAAAACAAAGUUGCACUCAGCUGUCAUACUAUAUCAGUAGUACCAUUAUUAUUUAUUGAUUUUUUAAUUUUCAGUACUUGCACUUUGACUUAUCAAACUUGAUGCAAAUAUAAUUUCUGCCAUUGUGAUGAAAUUUAAGAAUAUGAUGUUAGCUAUUCCCUACAUUCUGUCAUAGGAUAUAUGCUAUAACCUAUUGACUUUCUUAAAAAAUUACAACAAUGUAAUGGGAACAAAAGGGAAAAAUAGUCCCAUAAAAUAAACAACACCAUGCCUAAUAAAUGAUCUUCCAGAGCCUUCAAUUUGGUUUGGUCAGGUUUUAUCAAGUGCAUCGUUCACAAAAUUCAACUACGUACAGUACAAAAUAAGGAUACCUAAAUAAUUGCUUCCAAGUUUACAAGUUACUGAUAUCUCUUUAUAUGCUUGUUUUUCUCUGCAAUUAGUUUUAUGUCCUUCCUUUAACUUUCUAAUAAACUGACAAGGCUAACAAAGGUUGCGCUUGUAUUGUAAUUAUAUUCAGUAAUGUACAUGUUCAUCAUUAGACCGUACCUAACUUCCCAGUUGUGGGGGCAUGCAUCAGUUUUCCUAGGUGGGAGAAUAUUGCACAUUCUGUGAUUGUUGUAAUACCUGUAUUUCAAACACUGAUUGUCUGUAGUGAGAUGUGAGAAGUCAUAGAAUAUGUAUUUUUUUUUUGUUCUACAGUAGAACGUUGAUAUAAUGCGAGAAACGUUCCAAGAGAAGUCGUUUUAAACCGAGUUUGCACUAAAUCGAAGUUUGCUUCAAUGGAAUAAUUUAGUUUGGUUCUUGAGAGAAACACAAAAUACUUAAAAGAUUGAGUCUACCCAGAUGCACCUCAACCCAUCUCCUAGAAUAAACAAAACAUUG